AUUUGUGCAAAUCUUACCUACAAGAAGCAAGGUGGUACUACAAUGGAUAUACGCCAACUCUGGAAGAAUACAUGAAUAAUGCAUGGAUCUCAGUUGCAGUUCCUAUGGUAUUAGUACAUGUUUUCCCCCUUGCUACCAAUCCAGUUACCAAAGAGGCAUUUGAAUCCUUAAGCAAAUAUCCUGACAUAAUUCGCUGGUCUGCUAUAAUUUUUCGUUUCGCCGACGAUUUGGGGACAUCAUCGAAAGAAUUGAGGAGGGGUGACGUUCCCAAGUCUAUUCAGUAUUACAUGAACGAAAAGGGAGCUUCAGAAGAAGAGGCAAGAGAACACAUAAGACUUCCUAUAAAGGAGAUAUGGAAACUCCUGAUAAACACAGCUCAAAGGGAGAACUCAUUAUUUUCUGAAACAUUCAUUGGAUGUGCAGUAAAUAUUGUAAGAACGGGUCAAAUCAUUUACCAGCAUGGAGACGGACAUGGAAUUCAAAAUUUUGAGAUUAAAAAUCGCAUUUCCAAAUUAUUUUUUGAGCCCAUCUUAACUUUAAUUCCAUGA